UGGCCCUCGGCGGCUGCCGUAGCAGCCCCUUCUGCCGCCGCCGCGGGCCGGGCCCGCGCUUGGGGAGCGCCAUGAGCCUGUGGGCGGACAAGCACCGGCCCGCGGCGCUGGCCAGGCUGGACUAUCACCGCGGGCAGGCGGCCCGGCUCCGGAACCUGGUUCAGUGUGGUGACUUCCCUCAUCUCUUGGUGUAUGGACCAUCAGGAGCUGGAAAAAAGACAAGAAUAAUGUGUUUAUUAAGGGAAUUAUAUGGUCCAGGAGUGGAAAAACUGAGGAUUGAGCAUCAGAGUAUAACGGCACCUUCUAAAAAGAAAAUUGAAAUUAGCACCAUUGCAAGUAAUUAUCACCUUGAAGUUAACCCAAGUGAUGCAGGAAACAAUGACCGUGUAGUAAUUCAGGAGCUCUUGAAGACAGUAGCACAAUCCCAGCAGCUUGAGACAAGUACUCAACGAGAUUUUAAAGUGGUGCUGUUAACAGAAGUCGACAAACUCACUAAAGAUGCUCAGCAUGCCUUGCGAAGAACAAUGGAGAAGUACAUGGCAACCUGCAGGUUAAUCCUGUGCUGCAACUCCAUGUCAAAAAUUAUAGGACCUAUUCAAAGCAGAUGCCUGGCUGUAAGAGUGCCUGCUCCCAGCAUUGAGGAUAUCUGCCAUGUCUUAUCCAGUGUGUGUAAGAAAGAAGGCCUGACUCUUCCUCAGGAACUGGCUCAAAGGCUUGCAGAGAAAUCUGGCAGGAAUCUUCGGAAGGCACUACUUAUGUGUGAGUCCUGCAGAGUACAACAGUAUCCUUUUACUGUUGAUCAAGAAAUUCCUGAGAUGGACUGGGAAGUUUAUUUGAGAGAAACUGCAAAUGCUAUCGUUGGUCAACAGACACCACAAAGGCUUUUAGAGGUCCGUGGACGGCUCUAUGAACUCCUGACACACUGCAUUCCUCCUGAGAUUAUAAUGAAGGGCCUCCUGACAGAACUUCUAAAUAACUGUGAUGGACAACUGAAAGGAGAAGUUGCACAGAUGGCAGCCUUCUAUGAACACCGCCUGCAACUGGGCAGCAAAGCCAUUUAUCAUCUGGAAGCAUUUGUAGCAAAGUUUAUGGCAAUUUACAAGAAGUUUAUGGAGGAGGGGCUAGAUGAAAUGAUCUUCUAACUCUGAAGCCCGAAGUCAUACAUGGAAUGUUAGGUCAUUCUGCCAGUAAUAUUGCAAAUGUUGUCUGCUUGUCCAUGCUUGAUAUGAGUCUAGUUCAAAGUCAGGUAUUCUAUUUUGCUAUUAAUAAAAACCACAGUGAACUAAAGAACAAUGUUUGAUCAGUUUUAAAACCAGAUGGAUUGUUUAUGACUGCCACAAAUCCAGCUUUAGAUCCAUACAAAAUACAGUAAUAGCCUUUCAGAAAGACAAGAAGUUGCCUUGGAAGAGGAAUAGAAUCAUAGUUGCUUUGCAGUAGUUGUAAGCUGGCAUUAAGAAGAGAGCAUGGAUGCUGCAUGCUUGCUUCUUGGUUGUUCAUGGGCAAGGCUGUUUGUGAAACAUGUUUUUUUCCAUGUUGUGUUUAAGUUCCAUGUUGAGUGGGUGUGUUCUGCCUUCUGAUUUGCGUAUCUUGCUGUUUGUUUGCCUUAUUUUAUUUUAGCCACACUCUUCUGUCAAAUACUGACAUUAAAACCAUUAAACUAGUCAGCUAUA